GUCACCCGGGGUAAUGUGCCAGGCCCUCUGCUUCUCAUCACCCUCAUCGGUGACUUCUGGCUGUUUCAUACAUGGUAAACCGUUUCUGUACGUCAAUGACAUUCAGGUGAUCUAUACAUUCCAUGUUGAUGAUUCAAACUACUUACGAACAUUGGCACAGAAAGAACCAUUCCAGGUGAUCAACUGGUCAACUACAUAAAAGUUUUGAUUGAACUUGGACAAGUGUGGCUGGAUACACCUCUGUUCACCCACUGCCAACAUGAAACUUGUUCUACAAUUUUUUACUGAUGUCUGCUACUGUAGAUCGUGUUAAGCUCAUAUGAGCUGCGGGACUUCCGAGGAUUCGAAGUCAAAGUCAAAGUCCGCUGCCUUAUGCAUGUUCAUAAAUUUGACAAUGAGACAUUGUGUGAGGACUAGUGACACUACCUGGAUGCUCAAAACUCGGCUUCAAGAAAAUGCGAAAUUCUACAGAUUUGGUGUAGUCUAGAAAGUUGACCGUAUUAAAGGCUGCAUCUCGUGUUUACUACUUAGUCUAUACAGUAUGGGUACGCAUUUGGUGGAAUAUUCAUCCAGUGAUGAAGAAAAGAGUGAAAGGCUAGAACUACCCUCAGCAAUACAGGCUUUAGAUUCUGAUCGUCUACGCUUUUUCGUCCAUGAAGAUGACCCUUCAAGGCAUAACUUCCGUAUCAGAUCAUUUCCUCACGAAACUGGUAACUGGGCUACAUGUAUAUAUAUAUCAUGUCCUGAUUUUCACUCACAACUACUUGAAGUAAUUAACGAUUCUAUGAUCCAGUUAAAUCUAAUCAUAAGUGAUUUUCACUUCAUGGACUCACUCCAUUUAAGUUUGUCAAAAACAUGGCCUAUUUACUUUCAUUGGAUUGAAAAGCUUGUUUGUAACCUUCGUUCUUCGAUAAGCACUUUCGAAAAGUUUUACAUUGCAUUUAACGAUUUAGACAUUUUGAUAAAUGAAGAAGGCACACGGUCUUUUGUUACUUUGGUAGCUUCUAAGGAAUCUCAUACAACUUUGGUCCCUCUCUUGAAUUCUGUUAGUUCAUGUGUCACUGCAUUUCGUGGUCCUGAAUAUUAUAAAGAUCCUAAAUUUCAUAUUAGCUUCUUAUGGUUCAAUGGUAAUGUCCGAGAAAAAUAUUCUGAAGAAGUUUUAAACAAUCUCUUACUAGAUUUGAAGAAAUCAAUAUUUUCUGAAAGGAAACAAAUUUAUCAUAAAGUAACAGAUAUAGUGUGCAAAGCUGGUAACAAGCAUUUUGAUAUAUGUUUGUUGUGACAUCCACUUUUUUUGUGGAUAACAAUUUCUUUUAGUAUCCUAUUACAGUUUUCAAACUGUUCAAAUCAGUAUAUGCUUUUAAAGUAAUUUUGUUAAUUUGUCCUUGAUUAGAAUUUUUAAUGAGAUGAAUCAGUUUAACAGUUAGUUUUCAAUACAAACAUAAAUGAAAUGUGUAAUUUUUGUUAUUAUGUAUAUUAUUAUUUGUCCCUUGGGUUCCUAAUGGAACAUAGGGCUUCAGUAGCACGUCUCCAUUCCACUCUGUUCUCUACAAUCUUUUGAACUUGACUCCACGACUGCCCGGAAGCUCUCAUUUCUUCCUCACACAAUCUGCUUCAUGUCGCCCUCGGACGCGCAACUCGUUGCUUCCCAUCUGGGUUCCACUCGAGUGCUAAUUGUUGUUGAUAAGACUUAUUUAAAAUAGCAAGUUGGUUGAUUAUAACAGAAUCUUCUUCAUUUGUAAAAAUGUUUUGAGUCCGAUAAACAGGUUUGGUGCAUAUUUCAUUACUAAGGGUACUUCAGACUGUGGUAUUAUUCCUCACGGAUUGCAUGAUACGGUUUGUUAUUCUAAGGUGUAUCGAUUUACAUCUAUAGGCAGUUUCUUGCUGCCGUCCAUUCGCUUCCCACCUUGAUGUGCUGAUAUCGUUCGGUGUUGCGGACCGUUAGGUAUUAAUGCUAGGUCUUAUAGUUGAUGCUAACUGACAGAAGACCUAUAAUUUCAUUAUAUCUUCGACUUUCCGCGGCUGUCUUAGCCACAUAGUAAGACAGAGCUGACUGCGAGAAAUUGUAUUCUUUCUUUGAUAGGUAGUCAGAUCUUGCUGGUGUGAGAUAUAAUUUGCAAAUGCCAAAAGGGCCUUUAGUAUUCUACCCGGAGUUUCGUGAACAAUCAAACCAUUUGGGCUAAUACAGUUUUGUAUGUAGGUGAUCAACACACUGCCACUUCAGUCACCAUUCUUAAAGUGAGAAUCGGUGUAUGCCAGUCCUGAAGGAUCAUCUUACAUUUGAUAGAUGCAAAACACACUCAGAUUUCUGUUGUAGGUGUUAAGAGGACCUUGCGUUUUGUUAACAUCAAGUAAGAAGAUAAUGUCGUCUGCAUAUUCGAAAUCAGUGAAACGCCAUCCUGGGAAUAAGUUAAUCUCUUUAAAGUCCUAGGUAUCUACAGAUAUGUUGGUCAUGUUACAGUUACUUAACUGGUCAAGACGGUAUAUGCUUUCCAACCAAUUUUGUUAAUGUGUCAUUGUUUACCAGUUUUAGUGAAGGAAAUCAGAUGACAACAAUUACUGAGUUCAAUAGAGUUAGUUUUCAACAUAGACAUCAGUAACCUCGUCUAGUUUACUAGUUACUAGCCGGACCUAUACCCGCAUAAAGAGGGAAGGUUGGGCAUAGGGCUAGCAACCCUACCCCGCAAAACCAAUCCAAUCGCUAGAAAAACUUCAAAGCACAAAGAAAC